AAUCAGAUUCAGCGUGUUGGUCACGUAAUUUAUCAGAAUCUCAUCAUCAUUUUCCUCGGAAGCGGAUCUUGUCCAGAUGAUCUUUCGACGGAAAUGGUUGGAAUGGAAUAAUGCCGUGACCUCAUCAAUAAAGUGUUAAAAAAGAAGUAGUCAUGGCCUCAGUGAUAUUUCAGGGGCUCGAGAUACAUUUUUACCUGCCAGAGACACACCAGAUCAAUUAUCUCUCAGGAAGUUUCACAGCAGAGGUGCUGUGUGUUGAAGCGGCCAAGAAGUUGGGUAUAUCUCCACUGUGCAGCAGUUUGUUCGCCCUUUAUGAUGAAUUCAGCAAAAUCUGGUAUCCACCCAAUCACUCAUUCACUAUUGAUGAGACGACAAGAUUGAAGCUUUACUAUCGCAUGAGAUUCUAUUUCACAAACUGGCAUGGGAGCAGUAGGAAAUCUCUUCCAGUGUUCAGACACACUCUCAAGCGAGAAACGGGGCCUGUGGGCACAGCUGUUCUGGAUGUAGAUUCACUAACGUACCUCUACGCACAGAGUCAGUAUGACUUUCAGAGCGGUCUAGCACCGCUGCGAAGUGCACGUGAUGAGAAGGACGUCCAGCAGAUAGAAAAUGAAUGUUUGGGUAUGGCGGUGAUGGCCAUCUCCCAUGAUGCCAUUGAAAAAAAACGUCCUCCCUGUGAAUUUGAGUACAAGAAUUACAUCCCCAAGGUCCUGUACAAGUCCAUACGUCACAGGAAUGUUCUCACACGUCUGCGCAUCUCCAACAUCUUUAAAGCGUUCCUUGAGGAAUUCACCAAGAACACUGUGCAAGGCAAUGAGAUCAGUACCCAUGACCUGAAAGUCAAAUAUAUGUCCACUUUAGAAUCUCUAGCUAAACAUUUUGGCCAGGAGAUGUUUGAACCCUCCUCCCUCAUCAUACAUGAGAAUGAGCAAAUGAUCACAGACUCCUGCAGUGAAAAUGGUGUUCAUUACAAGAUCCUGGUGUCUGGCACCACUGGCAUUCAUUGGUGUAAAGUCCCCUGGGAGGCCAUUUCAAAUCCUUUUACCAAUCAGGAGAGACGAAAAUCAAAGAGAGAUAGUAAGAAACUGAGUAAAGCAGUAUCAUAUGAUGCAGAGGAGGACCAAUGGACACUUUUUUCAGACUUUAAUGAGAUAACGCAUCUUCUCAUCAAAAACUCCACCGUUACUAUCCACAAACAGGACAACAAAAACAUGGAGCUGAAGCUGGCAUCGCAUGAGGAGGCACUGUCCUUUGCCAGUCUUGUAGAUGGAUACUUUAGGCUCACAGUAGAUGCGCAUCAUUUCCUCUGCAGGGAUGUGGCUCCCGUCUCAGUGGAAAAGAAUCUACAAGACGGCUGCCAUGGUCCAAUCAAUACUGAAUAUGCAAUCCAUAAACUCAAGCAGGAAGGUUACGAGGAGGGCAUGUACCUUCUGCGCUGGAGCACUCAGGACUUCGAUCAUGUUCUCCUGACUAUCAUAUGCAAUGAGAGUGAUUGUCAUGGCAGCAUCAGAAAAACCUUUAAGAACUUCCAGAUUGAGGCGAGCGCACAGGGCUUCCUCCUGUCUGGGACAGUUAUUGAGAAGCCCACUCUGAGAGAGCUGAUGGACCACCUAUGCGGCCAUUUUUUCACAACAGACCACAUCAGCUUAAGACUUGAGCGUGGCUGUCCACCCCAACCAAAAGAACAAUCCAACCUUAUCAUGAUAACCAGGAAAGAUUCUGCAUUGCCACACUCUCUCUCCAAUAAUUUGGUCUUCCCUAGGAUCCUCAGAAAUGACAUUACCCAGGAGAAACACCUGGGCCAAGGCACCCGCACAAACAUCUAUGCUGGCAAGCUGAAUGUGAGAAAUGAGGAUGAUGACGGUUUGCCAGGCCAUGAGGUGGACGUGGUUCUGAAGGUGCUGGGAGCGGGAAAUUACAUUUCCGCCUUCCUGGACACAGUCAGUGUAAUGCAGCAGAUAUCUCAUAAACAUAUGGUUCUGAUGUAUGGCAUAUGUAUGCACAUCAUGGAUGUCAUUAUGGUGGAGGAGUUUGUUCAGCACGGCCCUCUGGAUCUGUUCAUGAGAAAUCAUCGCUCUGAACUCACGCCCUCCUGGAAGUUCCAAGUUGCGGAGCAGCUUUCCAGUGUCCUCAGUUAUUUGGAGGAUAAGAAGCUUGUCCAUGGGUAUGUCUGUGCUAAAAAUGUCCUUUUGAAGCUGGAUGGUCUGAAAGGACAAGGUGGUCCUUUCAUUAAACUGAGUGAUCCUGGACUAUCAAUCUCUGUGCUUAGCCAAGCUGAGUGUAUUGAUAGGAUCCCCUGGAUCGCUCCGGAGUGUGUUAAAAACCCCAAAGCACUAAGCAUUGCAGCAGACAAGUGGGGGUUUGGGACCACACUAUGGGAGAUCUGCUACAAUGGAGAGGUGCCUCUGCGUGAGAAGAAACUCUUAGAGAAAGAGCGAUUCUACGAGGUGUUCGGUACUCUGGUGACUCCCAGCAUCAGUAAACUGGCUGAUCUGAUCUCACAGUGCAUGAACUAUGACCCAAAGAAGAGGCCGUUCUUCAGAGCCAUAGUGAGAGAGCUGGACGAGAAGGACCUUCACCUUACAGAGACGAUUCCUCCACAGGAGACUGAUCCUACAGAUUUCAAGAGCAGGUUCCUCAAGAAAAUACGAAAACUUGGAGAGGGUAACUUUGGGAUGGUGGAACUGUGUCUGUACGAUCCUAAGGGAGAUCAGACAGGUGAACUGGUGGCCGUCAAAUCUCUGAAAACAGAAAAUGAGAGCAGCAACCUGAGGAAAGAAAUCAGCACCAUCAGAAACCUCUACCAUGAAAACAUUGUCAAAUACAAAGGCAUCUGCAGUGAUGAAGGAGGAGCAAACAUCAAACUCGUUAUGGAGUAUUUGCCUGCUGGCAGUCUGAAAGACUACUUGCCCCAUAACAAAUCCAAAAUCGAUCAGAAGAGACUGCUGCUUUAUGCUCUUCAGAUAUGUCAGGGUAUGGAGUACCUGGGAUCUCAGAACUACAUCCACAGGGAUCUGGCAGCAAGGAACAUCUUAGUGGAGAAUGAAUCCCUUGUGAAGAUCGGGGACUUUGGUCUGACUAAGAGCAUCAAAGAUGAUAAGGAAUAUUACAAAGUGACUGAAGAACAGGACAGUCCUGUGUACUGGUAUGCUCCAGAAUGUCUGAUUAAUCGGAAGUUCUAUAAGGCAUCUGAUGUUUGGUCAUUUGGGGUCACUCUUUAUGAAAUCAUGUCUUACUGUGACCGUGAGAACAGCCCUCCACAGGUAUUCCUGAAAUCGAUUGGCCGGUCUCAUGGGCAGAUGACCAUGGCCAGGCUGGUAGAUGCUCUUGAGAAAGGCUGGAGGAUGCCACGUACAGAUUCAUGCCCUGAAAUGGUAUACACUCAGAUACGCAGGUGCUGGAGUCACGCCCCAGAAAACAGAGUGGACUUCAAGAGCCUAAUCAAAGAGUUUGAGUUUUUCGUCACUAGAGAAAACAUCUAGCUUCCAUUCAUCCGAUCCACCUACAGAAUUCAGAUGCAUUUUCUAUUUGUAUGUGUCUUGUUUAUUAUACUAAGAAAAAUUAUGCACAUUACUUUCUCUUCAAAUCUUUGCCAUUUGAUCAUCUACCUCCAAAAACACGUAAAGGGUUAGUUCACCCAAAAAUUAAAAUUAGGCUGUGUUUUACUCUCCCCCCUCCCCCCCUGCUCUGAGGCAUCCUAGGUGUAUAUGACUUUCUUUUUCCUGACGAAUGCAGUCUGAGUUAUAUUGUACUUGAUCUUUCAAGCUCUCUCAUUGCAAUCAUGCAUUUUUGUAUGAAAAAUAUCCAUAUUUAAAACAUAUUAUAAAUGGAAGCAGUUCCAGGGCAAUUACGCAUAAGGUCAGCUUUGCGCAUGCACCGGUGAGUCUCAUGAAAAAAUAAAGAAGAAAGUCAUAUACACCUAGGAUGCCUCGGGGGUUAGUAAAAUGCAUCCUAUUUUUCAUUUUUGGGUGAACUAACCAUUAAACAUACUGCUUAGCACUCAACAAGUAUCAAGUAUUAAAAAGGUUCAUAAAAACAAAAA